UCUGAGUUACUGCCUGCUUUCUCUUCCAGUUCCUUGUUGCUCCUCCCUCCACAAUAUCAACCCAGAAGGGAAAAGCGUAGGGAGCAAUGGUGCACGUCAGUUUCUACAGAAACUAUGGGAAGACUUUCAAGAAGCCUCGUCGUCCGUACGAGAAGGAGCGUUUGGACGCUGAGCUGAAGCUUGUUGGAGAGUACGGGCUUCGAUGUAAGAGGGAGUUGUGGAGGGUUCAGUAUGCACUGAGCCGCAUCCGUAAUAACGCCAGGAUGCUUCUAACUCUCGACGAGAAGAACCCCCGCCGGAUCUUUGAGGGUGAAGCCCUUCUUCGUAGGAUGAACAGAUAUGGGCUUUUGGAUGAGAGCCAGAACAAGCUCGAUUAUGUAUUGGCCCUGACUGUUGAGAACUUCCUUGAGCGCCGUCUUCAGACGCUUGUGUUCAAGUCGGGUAUGGCCAAGUCGAUCCACCACGCCCGGGUGCUCAUCAGGCAGAGGCAUAUCAGGGUCGGGAGGCAAGUAGUUAAUAUUCCAUCAUUCAUGGUGAGAGUGGACUCUCAGAAGCACAUUGAUUUCUCGCUCACCAGUCCCCUUGGAGGUGGUCGCCCUGGAAGAGUGAAGCGAAAGAACCAGAAGGCAGCUGCGAAGAAGGCUGCUGGUGGUGAUGGAGAUGAGGAGGAUGAAGAUUGAGAACUAAGCUUUAAUACUUUGUCGUGAUAGUAAUAGAGACAGUAAUUUUUGGUUGCUAUAUUUCCUUUUAUGUAAUAGUGGUGAUGGAGAUGAGGAAGAUGAUGAUUGAGAACUAAAGUUUUAGUGCUUUUGUAGUGAUAAUAAUAGUAGGGAUUAUGAGUAAUUUUUGAUUGGUA